UUUGGGGAAUGCCCUCCCGCUUUUUUUUUUUUUUUCGUCUACUGCUUACACAGUGUACUUGUACCUUUUUUAAAAAAUGCAAAUGGAGCUAAUGAGUAAUGUGUGAGCAUUACUGCCACAGGAGCAGCUUUUAAAAGGAUUAUCUUCUUAUUUGGAAAGCACAGGAAAUGAAGGGGAAGGAAAGGUAGACAUCUUGCUUUCAGAAGUGCGAACUCAGAAAUUCAAGCAAAUUCAUGUUCUCAAGUUAGAGGCAAUGAUGCAAAGGGAUGUUUAGAGUACUUUUUAGGAAGGGGGUAAUAUUAUGGACCCAAAAGGGAAUAAUAAAUGGAAACUAGCAAAACAACAGUCUGUUCCAGAAUGAUACUUUGUUGUGAAGGAUGUGGUCCUCUCAGACAGCAUAGUGUUCUGUGAUGAAAUUCACCGUGUGCUUAUGAAGAUAUUUAGUCCUGCUCUUUCCUCUGCAACUUCUAACCUAGUGCUGUGUCCCAUGGUAAAAUAGUGAACAUUGUGACUAUAUGUAUAUUUAUAUAUUGCUGACCUAAAGUUUCAGAAAAAACCUUAGGCUUACUCUACAAUGCACUCUGAUAUUUAAUACUUUUGCACCAUUUUUUAAAAAUCCUGUUUGCAACCCACUAAAUUUCUUUGACACCAUAAUUUAAAAAACACUAUUCUAAAUAAACUCGAAUUGGAAUUUUGAGGUUACGCCAGACUCAUGGUGAGAUGAACUACUACUGAAUUUGGAAUUAGAAAACCUGAGUCCAAACCAAGGCUCUUAUGUUUGUGAAAUGUGAAAACCAGCACAAUAUUAUUGCCCGAGGCCCUCCAUUUCCUCAUCUAAAAAAUGAGCCACUGAACUGCAAGGCACUUGCAGAGCUGAGGACCUUCCUGGCCUUUACCUGAUGCAGCAAGGAAGUGAAGUGCACUCAGGAAAACCAGAUAGCACUUGCAUUUAUUCUCAGUGCCAUGGACAGUUACAGAACUUCACCACGCAACUCCUGGAUUUAUCCCACUGUGAUUCUCUGCUUAUUUGGGUUUUUCUCCAUGAUGAGACCCUCAGAACCAUUCCUCAUCGCAUAUUUAUCUGGGCCAAAUAAAAACCUGACCACCACACAGAUCACGAAUGAGAUCCUUCCCGUUUGGACGUACUCUUACCUGGUGCUGCUGCUCCCUGUGUUUGUCCUCACCGAUUACCUCCGCUACAAACCCGUCAUCGUCUUGCAAGGGAUUAGCUUCAUCAUUACCUGGCUGCUGCUCUUGUUUGGCCAAGGAGUGACGUCCAUGCAGGUUGUCGAGUUCUUCUAUGGUAUGGUGACUGCCACCGAGGUGGCCUACUACGCCUACAUAUACAGCGUGGUCAGCCCAGAGCACUACCAGAAAGUCAGCGGCUACUGUCGGAGCGUCACGCUGGUGGCCUACACGGCAGCCUCCAUGCUGGGCCAAGUCUUGGUAUCGCUGGCGAACCUGUCGUACUUUUACCUCCAUGUCAUAACCAUGGCCUCUGUCUCUGUGGCCUUUAUUUUCUCACUUUUUCUACCAAUGCCCAAGAAAAGCAUGUUUUUCCAUGCAAAACCCAGCAGAGAAAUAAAGAAGUCACCGAGCAUGAGUGUGGUGUUAGCAGAACCUCAGGAGGGUGAAGCCCUAGGCUGCGGAAAGGAGAAAUCCACUUUGGAAGUGCCCGCCGCUCCAGGGAACGUGCACGAUGACCAGCGGAGCAGCCCAAAGCCAAAAAAUGUGACUUUGAGAGUUUUCGCACAGUGGUUCCUGGAUUUGAAGGAGUGCUACUCCUCAAAGCAUCUUUUCUACUGGUCCCUGUGGUGGGCUUUUUCCACAGCAGGUUUCAACCAGAUUUUGAAUUAUGUUCAAAUCCUGUGGGAUUACAAGGCACCGUCCCAAGAUUCUUCGAUCUAUAAUGGGGCAGUAGAAGCUAUUGCAACAUUUGGAGGGGCUGUGGCUGCCUUUGCAGUGGGUUACGUGAAAGUCAACUGGGAUCUCCUGGGAGAGCUGGCCCUGGCGCUCUUCUCGGUUGUCAGUGCAGGCUCUCUAUUCCUCAUGCAUUACUCAGCCAACAUCUGGGCGUGCUACGCGGGCUAUCUGAUAUUCAAGUCCAGCUAUAUGCUGCUUAUAACCAUAGCAGUAUUUCAGAUUGCAGUCAAUCUGAGUGUGGAACGCUACGCGCUGGUGUUUGGAAUCAACACUUUCAUUGCCUUGGUGAUUCAGACCAUCAUGACUGUGAUUGUAGUGGAUCAGAGAGGGCUCAACCUACAAAUCAGCAUUCAGUUUUUAGUUUACGGGAGUUAUUUUGCAGUCAUUGCUGGAAUUUUCCUAAUGAGAAGCAUAUACAUUAUCUACUCAGCCAAAUGCCAAAAGAAAGUACAGAGCCCUGCUGCAAGUCAGAAUCCAGAGGGGCCACACCCAGAGGAAUCAAGAAAUACCAUCGUGUCAACAAAGCUCUAACCUUAUUACAUCAAUUGCUGCAGUGGUUUUCAAAGUCACUGAAUGAAAAUGCAGGAUUUCGAGAUGGAUGGCAUCAAUGAACCUUUUCAAGACCACAAUAAAACCUCAGUUUGAGAUCAGUUAUCUAUGUGCCAGGCUGAACUGGAUGUAGUCGACAGGGCCCAUCAUCACAUUUAAACAACCCAUGUCGGGGAUCCCGUGGAUGGCAGUAACUGGAAAAUUCUGGUUUCGAUCACUUGCAAGGACGUACAAAUGGCAUGGAAUUAAACCAUGAGAAAACUCCAGCCAUCCUGGAGUUGAUGUUCCCUUUUUGGGAGCAGAAAUACUAACUGGACUGACGCUGCUGCUUGGCUCAGAUACUUGUUUGAUCUUACCAAAGCAGGCAACACAUGGGACAUUUUUUGUCACAUGAGCCAUUUUCUUUCCUUUUCCAGGAAGUGUAUUUCUGCUGAAGUACAGUUCUCUGAGAGAAUUACAAGGUUUGGUCCUGUUUCUAAGGGCGCUUCUUCAACUCUGAUAAUACAGCAUUAUUUGCAAGUUAUGAUUUGAUAAUAUCACCAUUUAAUUUUUUUCAUGAUUAUUUUUCAUUUUAUGCUCUGCCGAGCUUUGUUGUUAAAUCUCUACCUCAGGGAUCGCUCCAGACACUCCUGUGUAUCUGCAGAAUGGCACUUAUGUCAAUUGCCAGUGGCCUGCGAGAGGCAAUGAGCCUUCUCCCCAUCUUCACCCCAGACAGGUGUUUUAAUGCAUCGUUAUCUAUCUAAAGUAGGAAAACUUUUUAAGCAUUUGCAGAGAUUCCUAGACGUAUUCAUAAAUAAGAAAACACUGAUGGGAGGGGUUAUAAUACACUUAAUUUUUAAAUGGCAGAGAUUGUGCUAAAUAAAAUGUGUCA